GUCUCUACACUCUACAGAACCAUAGAGUUAUCAACAUUCUACGAGUCGUCUGACUCAGUACUCGGUCUCAUGUAUGAAUGUAUGAUGAGUAAUGUCUACAAUAUUGUUAUUAAGUGUCUUAUUCCCGCAUAGCGUUUUCCUUGGUCGUUAUUCGUAAUUACUUAUUAUUAUUAUUAUUGAACAUUCGAUUCUUGAUCGUAAAUUGAAAACAUUAUUCGCGUGACCAAGAAAGAUUAUUUUUAAUUUUUAUUGUUUAAACACAAUAAUGUCAUUCCAUUUUGUUUAUUAAAUUCAGUAAGAGAAAACUAGAUCAUUUAGAUAGGAUGGCACAAAUUCCCGAGUGCCCGGAAACUCUGAAGAAGAUUCAACAUCAUCUAAAAAUUGCUUCGGAACACGAUUCUAAAGAUCCAGUAAUCAGUUAUUGGUGUCGGCUAUAUGCUCUACAAACUGCAUUGACACUGGAUAAAUCAUCAAAAGAUGCGAAAAUAUUUUUAGUGUCUCUAAUGGAUUGGUUGGAAAAACAAAAAAAUAAUUUAAAAGAUAAUGAUAUGAUCACUAAUGAGACUGCUGCUCAAGCACAUAUAGAAAAUUAUGCAGUAAAGUUGUUUAAUUUUGCUGACGGAAUGGAUCGUCAGGCAAAUUAUAAUAAGAAUAUAGUUAAAUUAUUUUUCACUGCUGGUCUGCUUAUGGAUGUUUUAAGCGUAUUUGGAGAUGUUUCUGAAGAGAUCACAAACACUCAAAAAUAUGCAAAAUGGAAGGCUACAUACAUUCAUAAUUGCAUGAAAAAUGGUGAAACUCCUACACCUGGACCACCAGUAACAGAAAGUGGACAAAUUGGUUUCAACUUUCCAAACCAAAGUGAAGAUAUUCAACAACCAACAAUUAAUCCUGUUCCUGUUACUCCUACUCCACAUACAUAUGAAGAUUAUUCUCCAUCGACUCCUAAUGAGUAUCAAAAAAUAUCAAAUAUGUCCACAAUUAGUCCAACAGAAAUACAGCCAACCAUAUCGGAAAGACCAGUUGUACUCAGAGAUGGAAUACAACUAUCACCGUCACAAAUUACUAAAGCGCAAAAAUAUUGCAAGUUUGCUGCUAGUGCAUUAACCUAUGAUGAUGUCUCUGAAUCCAUUGCUAAUUUACAAAAAGCUCUGAAGUUACUAACAACUGGUGAAGAUUCAUAGUUAUUAGAUAUUACUUACUAAUUAUUAAAAUAGUGUUCAAAAAAUGUAUACAUUGUUUUAAAUUAAUAUUAUUAUUAUUAUUUUUAUU